AUGGAGAACAGUCAAUGGGUUAAGCCCGAAGGUCUUGGAAGAUUCCCUCACAAAACUCCGUCGGGCGCUUUUGACCCCGAGGUUUUCGCGAAUCCCGUGACAAACCUGUCCAAAAUUGAAGAAAGUGACUUGAAACGGACGGCCAGCCUUGGACUAAAAACUCUUGCCACCAACCCGAUCCUGGCGGCGCAGGUCAGCGUGGACUCGGUGUUUUCGCACUGCGAAGGUGAAACGAUUGAUGAAGCCGCGGUGGCCGAUGCAAUCGCGAAUGCCAAUUCAAAUCCGAUCGGCACUGGACUUCGGCCGGGAACACCAACCAACCAGCAGAUUGAAAUUUCCUCAACCUCGCCUGGCUCGGUUUCUCCCUCGCCAAACAAAAUCAAAGAGCUCGACGGUCCAUCUGUAACUUCGCUUCCAGACCGAAUCGCUUGUGAAGCUACAGCAGCUGAAGUUACUAAUGCAGUCUUAUCGGAUUCAUCUUCGUCUUCAUCGUCAAACCGUCAACAGCAGAUCGAGGCAAACGAUCUCUUCCAAAACUUGAGUCUAAUGACCAAAGGCGGCCAGCAAUUCAUCCUUGUUCCGAACUCGGUCUUUUCCGGACAGCCCAUGCUAACGGCACACGCACAAGCUGCAAAUGCGCAAAUGAAUUCGCUCUACAAAACUGAGCUCUGCCGCUCUUGGCAAUUCGGAACCUGUAAAUACGUCGAGCGCUGUUUGUUCGCGCACGGAGAACAUGAACUAAGGCCUCUCGUUCGCCCGCGCCACAACAAGUACAAAACCGAGCAGUGCAUUACCUUCCAUACUCUUGGCUUCUGUCCCUACGGUGUUCGGUGCAACUUCGUCCACGAAAAAGACGAACACAGACAAGCAAAGCAUUCUGUCCCAUCUCUUUACAAAACUCGUCUUUGCCGAACCUUCAUGGAACGCGGAAGUUGCCCUUAUGGCGAAAAAUGCGACUUCGCGCAUGGAACCAACGAUCUUAGCUAUGACAUCACAAAGCAUCCCAAGAGCAAAAAUGUAGUUUACUUGAUGAUCGACGAUUUCGGCUGGGGUGACUUCGGGAUUCACGGUUCGAAGCUUGAAACGCCAAAUUUGGACGCGAUCGCGCGAGAUGGAAUCAUUCUUGAAAAGUAUUACACGCAGCCGGUCUGUUCUCCGACCAGAUCGUCCAUGCUCACUGGCCGAUAUCCCCUUCGUUAUGGAAUGCAGCACAAUGUCAUUCUCGCCGGGCAAACGACGGGAAUUCCAAAAGAGUACACUCUUCUCCCGCAGGAUCUGAAGUCGUGCGGCUUCGCAACUCAUAUGGUUGGAAAGUGGCACUGUGGCCAUUCGCACGAAUACAUGCUCCCGUUCAAUCGGGGCUUCGACAGUUAUUACGGAUACCUCCAAGGAGCAGAAGAUCACUACUCGCGAAUCCAAUGUCAGGCGAAGAAUUGGUGUGGCGUGGACUUCUGUACCGAAAAUGGCCCAACGAACUCGACUUGGGGAACUUAUGGAACGGAAAUUUACUCAGCACGUGUUGCCCAAGUGCUCGAUACAGUCGUUGAAGACAAAAAGCCAUUCUUCCUGUAUUAUGCGAUGCAAAAUGUUCAUGAUCCAUUACAAGCACCGGAGCACUACAAAAUUAAGUACGACUGGAUUAAGGACCCAGAUAGAAGAACAUACGCUGCGAUGAUCUCUAUCAUGGACGAAGCUGUCGGCGAUUUUAUAACAAUGCUCCAUGAGCGAAAUCUUUACGACGACACGCUUAUCAUCAUUACAGCUGAUAACGGUGGCGAAACGCGUUCUGGAGGGAAUAACUUCCCCCUGCGCUCGCAAAAAUGGUCGCUUUACGAAGGAGGUGUCCAUGUCAACGCCAUGUUAUCGGGCGGCCUGAUAAAGGAACAGGGCAAAUCUAAAUUUGACGGGCUCAUCCACGUAUCCGACUGGCGCGAGACAAUACUUGAAGCGAUGGAAUGCAAACCUCCAGCCGACAAAGACGAUCUAGAUGGCAUGAGUCAGUGGCAGGCUCUCCUUAACAACAGUUCUCCGCCUCGACAGUCGAUCAUUCACAAUAUUGACCCGCUGAAAACAGUCAAGGGCGAAGACGAGAGACAGUGGGUUCGGAAGCUCGCUGAAACUUCGGAAUUCAAUAUCAACUCUCAGUCAGCUGUUCGAUACGGUCGCUGGAAAUUGCUAACGGGAGAUCCAGCUUACGGUGUCCCAGAUGGAAAUAUCCCUCCUCCAGAGGGGAAUCAGAAAAAGCUUCAAUUCUCCCCAGAAACAAGCGCAGAAAAGCAAUCAGUCUGGGAAAGAUUACUUGAAGAUAGCAUGCUUACCUCUUCUGAAACUCUCACGCGUCUGGUUCAGCUUUACGAUAUCGUAGAAGAUCCGUAUGAGAAGAGUGACAUUUCUGAUAACCAUCCAGACAUCGUUAAAGUCGGUCUCGAUCUGUUAUCGCGUCACAAUCAAACAGCCAUUUGGCCAAACUUUCCCCACACAGAUCCUAAUUCAAACCCAGAAACUCGAACCGAUGGUUUCUCUGGUUUCUGGUGGCCCUGGGUCCAAUAA